AUGAUUUCGGUCGGAAUUCGUCUGUCUGAUGAAGUGUUCCCACCGCCGGAGGAGCCGAUUGCCGAACGGAAAGGGGCGACCGAAAAUCCGAAGAUGCAUCUGAAUGGAAUCGAUGAAAUCAGUAAGACAGCCAGAGUAAGCUUUAACUUUCAGGCUGAAUGGAGCACCGAAAUCAUCAGCUCAUUUUUAGAUUAACCGCAUCGUUCUUACUCGCUCAGCCAAUGUGGAACUUCUGCGUGCAGAUUCUCCCUCAUCUAUUUGGGUUCGCCUUCAGAAUCACAUCACAGACAAAACCCUCACAUUCAGAGAGCCGUGAGUUUAUUCAAUCAACUUUAGGCUGAUUCAAGCUCAACUUUUCAGGCUACCACUCGAAUCGAUCACCGAAAUGAAAGUUGGAGACUACGUUUUGGCCCCAAACGAGGAGCGUUCCUUCAGACGUUGCAGAAUCACGGAGGUCUGUCAAAAUGGCAAAGUGGCCAGAGUGUUUUUCAUCGACGACGCGUCCCUUGCGCUCGUCAACAGAGAAUGUCUCUGCAAACUUGACGAGCACUGGAUGUUCUAUCCCUGGCAAGCCAUUCAGAUCUCCAUGUGCGGUAUUUACCCGGCUCUUAGUAAUACAUCUGAAGUGAGUGAUCUCUGAAAUUCGACGAUAAAUGUUCUUUGCAGACAGCUGCAGUCUGGUCUCCAGAAGCAUGCGAUGAGCUCAGAAAAAUCCUGCGAGAGUUCCGUCUGCUCAAGGUGGACGUAAUUUUGUCGAGUGUGGUUUUCAACGAUUAUGCAAGACCAAACGUGGUUCAUCUGCAAGGAAUCGUCGACCCGGAUGACACUUUGCACCAAUCUGAAAUAAUCAUGUACAAAGAGCCUAAAUGGAUGUCUAUCUCCAGUAUUUUGCUCGAAAAUGCACCAACAACAGUCAUCAGCAUGCCCAUUUUCGACUCUGCAGUUCAUGAAUUCUUCGGGACGGACGAUGAAGAUGUGCUCGCUCAGAUGGACUAUCACAAGAUAUUCCCUGAGGACUGGAAGCACAAAGAUGUCCUAGAAACGGAUCAAGAAAAGGAGCUGUUCUCGAAAGACUCGAUGAGUCCGAAUAUGGAGCACAGUGACUGGGAUCCGAGACAGAAUCAAGUUCGGAUGCGUACGCUCGCAGAGUUGAAAACAGAGUAAGAAACAGUUUAUCGAACGGAGGAAAUUACCUUGCUUUGCAGCUUCCGAUUCCCUGAGAAGGUAGGAGAGAGAAACAGAAAACCACGGAUAAUGUUGGCUGUGGAAGGACGGUGCACGAAAAAUCCGUACGAAUGGUACGCCCGUCCGAUUCACAAGUAUGCGAGGAAUGCGUAGAGUUAAUCGUAUGAGAGUGUUUUUCAGAACAGGAAAAGGCGAUGUCGAUGAUAUUGUUGAAUGGGAUCAGAACAAAGAUUUGAGGGAGGUGAAUAAGGUGGAUUGGAUGAUGCACGGUAACAGCAAACUUUUGGCGUUCGCCGAAAUUCUCGACACUUUUUAUUCGAAGCCCAAAAAUAGGAAACCGUUGAGAAGCGAAGAAAUGUAAAGAAAUCAUUGUCAAAAAGCAUUGAAACCCGUUUGAUUUCAGCAAAAGAAUGAGAGAAGAGGGAGUGGAGGUGUUCGCCGUUUGUGCGGUGAAUGAGGAGAAGGCCAUGUACACGGGAGAAUGGCAACGAGUGCUCAUCCUCAAUUGCGCCGAUUUUGCCGACGUUCGUUUCCUGGACUCGGGCGGCCGUGACAUGGUCCUUACCAGUUCCCUGUACCGCAUUCAUAGACAGUAAGAAUCGUUUUUUGAACUACUCAACCCCAUAUGCUCAUUUCGUCAGGCACUGCGAAACGCCGGCCAUGUGUCUGCAGCUCUCAAUGCAUGGAAUUUCCACUCAACUCAAUAACAACAGUACGUUUUUCGAUUAGUGUACUUUUGCAAACAUCUGUUGUUUCACAGGAGCCGACAAGAAAUGGCAUGUGAAAGAAACGACCAACUUCAAACUCUGCCUCCGCGAAGACGUACCCAUUUUCAUCGACUGUGAUGAUCGUAAGUUAUUAUUAUUAUUAUUUAUUUACGUUUUUAACGUGAAAAUUAUUAUUAUGAGUUACAAUCGCCUAAUCGCAUUAAUUGUAAAAGUCGUUUCAGUCCGUCUAUUGAUCCCUCCUUCUCAAAAUGAUCCUCGUCCCCACAUGACCAAGCACGUGUUCCUCGCCCGCGACGUCUCGUAUCUCGACGAGUCAAAUAGUGUGUUGGAUCGAUUCAUUGGCCUUUUGGAAGGAUACGCUCAGCGUUCUGUUGCCGAUCCUGUCCUUUGGCCGUAA